AUGCUCCAGCCAAUGCAUCACUCAAAACGUCGAUAUUGGGAAAUUGGACUUGCGGCGCCAUCUCUGGAGUUCAAAGCUAACGACGGACCCAGGAAAGAGGGGAGAGACGAAGAAUGCGACAUGUGCUUAAUUUUUCUUCUUCCACGUUUUCGACUUGCCGCGUGCGGACACAUUUAUUACAAAGAAUAUUUUUGGAAUUUCUUGCGUUUGAAAUCUGACGAUUUCUUUUAA